AUGUCUAAUAAUAUGGAUAAGCCAUCACAAGAUGAAUGUGGCGAAGAAAGCAAGAAACAAGGAAAGGCUCAUUGGGAUGAUGAGGCUCUUGAUGCAUUUAUAAAAAUUUGUGUUGUUGAGACAAUAGCUGGAAAUCGACUAGGUGGCCAUUUUAGUAAGCAAGGAUGGAAAAAUGUUAUAAAGAAAUUUAGUGAGUUGACUCAAAGGACCUACACUCAAAAGCAACUCAAGAACAAAUGGACUGGACUUAAGAAAGAUUGGCAAUUGUGGACAUCUUUGGUUGGAAAAGAGACUGGUCUAGGAUGGGAUCCUGUGAAGAAAACCAUCAAUGCUAGCAAUGAAUGGUGGGACAAGAAAGUGAAGGAGACUCCUGAAGCAGCAAAAUUUCGAACAUGUGGAUUGAAACAUGCUGAUCAAUUAGACAUUUUAUUUAAGGAUAUUGCUGUGACGGGUGAUGGAGCUUGGGCACCAUCACAAGGUUUUGUCCAUGAUGUUGAGAAUGAACUAACUCGUCCAACUGAAAAUAGUCCUGAAGAUGUGGUAUGA